GCGCUCCUCGUCGCGCUCUCCACCGCCUACUCAUCCUCGCGAUCGGACGUUAGCGCAGGGCACGAGCAAAAGUGCAGGUCUCCCGCGCGCACGCUGCAGUUUCAGUUCAGAAGCGGGCCGGGCUUCGAUCGAUCUCCGGCGGCCAUGGACGACGACGGCUCCUCGUCGACGCCGGCUUCGUACAUCAGACUGGUGCAGCAUCUGAUCGAGAAGUGCAUCUGCUACAGCAUGAACAAGGAGGAAUGUAUGGAGACGCUGGAGAAGCAUGCCAACAUCAUGCCCGUCAUCACCUCCACUGUGUGGAAGGAGCUGGAGAAGGAGAACAGGGAGUUCUUCGAGAUGUACAAGAAGGAUCGGGGAGAAGAGUCGUCGCAGAAGAGUCCAUCUGAACAGGCAGCUCCGUCCAAGAGCUCAGACGACGGCGACGACUAGGAGUAGUGCUCCUAUUAUGAUCGUUGCAUGGUACAUAUAUAUAUAUAGCUGCAAAUAUAUGUGCAUGCAUGGAGUAUGUAGCCAGCAUGUGGUAGUGUAUACAUCGAUCGCGAUGAGCUGUAUCACCGGUGUAAUUACGUACAAUACGUAGAGCCUGAAUGCAUGGUUAGAGUUAUUUAUUGGGCA